CGAGAGAGUAGUGCGCAUGUUGAGUUGUGCUCCACGUUUCGAUGUUUACGUUUUGUAUAAGCUGCUGAAUUUCAGUCUGUAUGUCAGUGUCUCUGGAGUUUAGUGGGGUUUAGAGUUUUAAUCUGUGCACACUUCCUCACCUCGCGGUCUCGCGUUGUCGGCUCGCUGGGUGCUUGUUUUAAAUGGAUGUCUGUGCUUCUCUGUGAUUUGGAGGAGGAUGGUGGUGUGGAGCUGUGGAUCAUGGAGGAGGAGGUGAUGAGCGCUGGGAGGGGGAUGGAGGAAGAGCGCAGUCUGAUCACCGCUCCGUCCAUCAACACCCGACCCUCUAACUCUGCUGCUGCUGCUGCUGGGGGAGGUUCUGAUGGCUCCGCCAGGUUCGUCUACCUCCUGGCCUUCUUCUCGGCGCUGGGAGGAUUCCUGUUCGGCUACGACACCGGGGUGGUGUCUGGAGCCAUGCUGCUGCUGAAGAAGGAGCUGAAGCUGAGCGCACUGUGGCAGGAGCUGCUGGUCUCCAGCACGGUGGGGGCGGCGGCGGUCGCGGCCCUGGCUGGGGGUUUUCUGAACGGAGCGCUGGGGCGUAGACUGUGCAUUCUGCUGGCCAGCUUCAUCUUCUCAGUCGGGGGCGUGGUUCUGAGUCUGUCACCCAAUAAAGAGGUCCUUCUUGUUGGGCGACUCAUCGUUGGGCUUGGCAUAGGUAUAGCUUCUAUGACAGUGCCUGUGUACAUUGCUGAGGUCUCUCCUUCUCACCUCAGAGGUCAACUUGUCACCAUAAACACCCUCUUUAUCACCGGCGGUCAGUUUAUAGCCAGUGUGGUGGAUGGGGCUUUCAGUUACUUGAGCCAUGGAGGAUGGAGGUAUAUGCUGGGUUUAUCAGCAGUCCCUGCUGUGCUGCAGUUCAUAGGCUUCCUCUUCCUGCCUGAGAGUCCUCGCUGGCUCCUGCAGAAGGGUCGGUCUCAGCAGGCCCGUGAGGUGCUCACACACAUCAGGGCCACGGAGAAUGUGGAUGAGGAGUUCAACAACAUCAAGAACAUCAUCGAAGAAGAGGAAAAAGAGUCUGGAGGGGGUCUGGUCCUGUGGCGUAUCCUGACUUCUGCACCUGCCCGGAGAGCUCUCGUCGUGGGCUGUGGCCUUCAGAUGUUCCAGCAGCUUUCAGGGAUUAACACUGUAAUGUACUACAGUGCUACCAUUCUGCAGAUGGCAGGAGUGAGGGAUGAUAAGAUGGCCAUCUGGCUGUCUGCUGCCACGGCAUUCACCAACUUCCUGUUCACACUGGUGGGGGUUUGGUUAGUGGAGCGAGUGGGCCGCAGAAAACUGAUUUUGGGCAGCAUUGUUGGUACUACAGUCAGUCUGUCUGUUCUUGCGGUGGGAUUUCUACUCUCUGCUCAGGCCUCUCCACCAGUCACCAUUCACCCCACCUCUCUCAACACCACCUGCUCACACUAUGGGUUUUGUGAAAACUGUAUGUUGGAUCCGGCCUGCGGCUUCUGUUACCGUGAGAAUGGCUCAACCAUACUGAGCUCCUCCUGUGAUCCUGUUGAUCCAGCCAACACUGAUGAAGCAGUUAGUGGCAGGUGCUCCAAUGCUACACAAGGUAACACAGGUGCAUUAUGGGCCUAUAACUACUGCCCAACUCCCUACUCCUGGAUCGUUAUGCUGGGUCUCAUUUUGUAUCUGGCCUUCUUUGCUCCAGGGAUGGGGCCCAUGCCGUGGACAGUAAAUUCAGAGAUAUAUCCACUGUGGGCUCGGAGCACCGGUAACGCCUGCUCUGCUGGAGUCAACUGGAUCUGUAAUGUCCUCGUAUCUCUAACGUUCCUCCAUGUGGCAGAGUACCUCACAUACUAUGGUGCGUUCUUCCUGUACUCAGGUCUGGCACUGCUAGGCUUCUUUUUCGUGCUGGGCUGUCUGCCUGAAACCAAGGGCCUCAUGCUGGAGGACAUAGAGACUCUGUUCAGCAGGAAUCUCUGCACCUGUGGUGCCUUUGGUGGCCAAAACAUGCAUUACACCAGGGUAAAAGGAGGCAACCGUUUCUCAGAUGAAGAUGUCUCUGAUGGGGAUUAGAUUUUAGAGGCCUCUUUUACCUCCCUUUAUCCUGAAAAAAAAUAGCUUGUAUCAUGUUUUUCAGUAUCCUUGGUGGGAAAGUUUUUAUAAUAUUCCAGAUAAUCACUGUUACAUAUAGAACUGGGAACAAACUUCAGAUUUCUUACAGUCACAUGCUGCUUAUAUACUGAUGAUAUAUCUGUUCUCUAACUGUAAGGAUCAGGUGAUUAAUGCUUUUUUGCACAUACAGUAAAGAUUUAAUUGCUUUAUUUGUUCCCUUUUUGUUUUUGUGGAUUCAAUCUAAAAUAAUCUCAGUCGUUCAGAUGCAUACAGAGAGAUAAUUGUGUCUCUGAUUGCGUUUACACUGGUAAACUGUGGGGAUCUAUAGUACACUAUUCUGUAAAGGUUAGUGUGUAAAAUUUCCAUCCAGCAUUAGGUGGGGAAAUCAUUUUAAAUACUGUUGUAUUUUAUGCUGUAUUUGCCUCUUAAUCUUUGAAUCUUGUAGACUCAUUUAGGUUUGGAAAAAAUGCAUUAUGGGACACUGUAACAAAAAGAAGGACUUGCUUCUAUUUUUAUAUUUUUAUUAUUGGCACUGUUGCACAAUAAAAGAGUAUUUAAAAUAAUUUCAAAAAUUACAUUACAAUUACAAAUAAAAAAAAUAGUGUUUUCUUUUUGUGUUCUACUACUGCAGCUACAGUAAUGGUGAAGUGAUACCUGGGCAAGAAGGUUCAAAAUCAUUUGAGGAAAAUGCUUUAAAAACCUUAAAAAAUGUUUUUUAUUAAAGUUCAUAUGGGUCUAAAAUUAGUUUUCUACUAAUUUCUUAGAUUUAAAAAAUGAAAUUGUUUAAAAACAGUUUCUGUCUCAUUGCAUCUAUAAACAAUAUUUUUUUCAGAAAUUAUUAUGGUGAAUUUUGGCAAUCAUACAUUGACAUGCCACAUGUCACAAACAGGACUAGUAUUGUGUACCAUGACUUUUGCUAUGUCCCAUGGAAGCUAAAAAAAAAAGCUGCACUGGCCUGUGGGAUAUGUGCGUUGGGCAUCCUGCAUUGAAUAGGGAAGUGAUUUCUGUCUGAGUGUCCUUUGUCUCUUCACACACACAGUUCUAACCAGAUGCAGCUGGUCACGAUCUUUACCACCCACUGCUCUGUCUACUAUGGGUGGUAUCACCUUCUAUGACAUUUUAUUCUCGGUACAAAUGUGACAAUUCAUGUCACCUCGCUAUGGCCAGUGUUCAUUCAGAAAAUUACAUCUCACAACUUAUACAGGUGUGAGCAUUUACAAGGCCUCCCCUGAGGUGACACUAAAUGACCAUUUAAAUACUUGUUGUUUUGCAAGUCAGUGAAUGUCUGUAACAGUGGCAUUGAGUUUUUCUACAAUGUUCUCAACAUUAUUUUUAGCAUACUCUGGUUUAUUGGAUAAGGAUUAUUAAAAGCAGGAUCAGCAUCAGUUUAGUAAUAAAUUGGAUUAAAAAAACUUCUGGAUUAUAAUCAAGAGGAAGAUGGAUGAUCACAAGCCAUCAAACCAAGCUGAACUACUUGAAUUUUUGCACCAGGAGUGGCAUAAAGUUAUCCAAAAGCAGUGUGUAAGACUGGUGGAGGAGAACAUGCCAAGAUGCAUGAAAACUGUGAUUGAAAAACAGGGUUAUUUCACCAAAUAUUGAUUUCUGAAUUCUUAAACCUUAAACCUUUAUGAAUACUGCAAAUAAAUGCUCUAAAUGACAAUAUUUUUAUUUGGAAUUUGGGUGAAAUAUUGUGUGUAGUGUAUAGAAUAAAACAACAAUGUUCAUUUUACUCAAACAUAUACCUAUAAAUAAAAAAAUCUGAGAAACUGA